AUGAAGGAAAUGUUGGAUAUCGUGCAGAACGACGUUCUUAAGAAGCUGUUGCCAUCAGUGCAGUUUCUCCGUCUCGACGGCAGUGUAGAGGCGACCAAACGCCAGAGCAUUGUGAACCAGUUUAAUACUGACCCCAGUUACGACGUUCUCCUGCUCACGACCAGUGUUGGUGGCCUCGGUUUGAACCUUACCGGUGCGGAUACCGUAAUCUUUGUUGAGCAUGACUGGAAUCCACAGAAAGACAUCCAAGCAAUGGAUCGCGCACAUCGUAUUGGGCAGAAGAAGGUCGUUAAUGUCUACCGGCUGAUAACGAGAGGUACCCUUGAGGAGAAGAUAUUGAAUCUCCAACGAUUCAAAAUCGACGUCGCCUCAACUGUUGUCAACCAACAAAAUGCGGGUCUCAGCACGAUGGACACUGACCAACUACUCGACCUUUUCAAUCUUGGCGAAACGGCUGAGGGCGCUGAAAAACCCAACCAGGACCGUGGAAUCAGCGGUAAUGAGAUUGACAUGGUCGAUAUCGAUGGGGAAGUAAAGGAGAAGGGCAAGAAGGGCUGGCUUGAUGACCUUGGCGAACUGUGGGAUGAUAGGCAGUACGAAGAGGAAUAUAAUCUGGAUUCGUUCUUGGCGACUAUGAAGGGAUAG